AUGAGACCUGUAGCCAGCGAGGAGGACCUGAGAUCUCUGCCACCUGCAGUGCAACGAAAGUUCUUCUCGAAUGUCGAGCGCUUGCGCAUUCGGUUAGCUCAGAGCGAUCCCAGUUCCCCUGUGUACUCCACGCACCCCAAUCACCACAAGCAUCACCACUAUCACGCCCGGACUUAUCGCCCUAGCGCUCGUCGUGGAUCUGGCCCCUCCCACCAACAUUACUAUUAUCCUCACUCGCACUCUCACCCUUACUCUCACUCUCACUCUCAUUCUCGUACUUUGCGCAACACCUCGACCACGUCCCUCGCCAAACGUCGUGGUCUUGAGAAGCGUUCGACUGCCACUCCCAGAAAACUGCGCAAGCCUGGCUCGCUGCAACAGGCCUACUUAGCGGCCCAGGCAGACUCGCAAUGCUUUCAUUCCCUCCCCGCUAAGAUCCAACAAAAGCUUUUCUCCCCCGAAGAACGGUUGCGUCUUCGUCACGCUUAUCGUAACAGUGUCAUUCUUGACGCUGCAGACGAAGCUUUCUAUCGUCGCCCUUACUCUCGUCGUCGUGCAUCCACCGACAGUCUGCCCUCAGAAACUACUCUCCCGGUAGCUCAGCCAAACACCGUCUUCUACGAUUCAGACUCGGAGUACGAGUCUGACGACAGCAUGGAUCAGUCAAUGUACGACAGCUUUCGCUGGCUCGACGAGGAUGGCGAUCUCGACUUGUCUCUGGAUGAGUACCACGCCCAUGUCGCAGACGCUGCCUCCAAAUCCAAAUCUCGGCGUCGCCCAUCCAUUCGCCGGUCUCUCUCCUUUUCCACACACGCUUUGAGACAGCAUCGAGCUUCACCGUCGAUGCCCACCCGCAAUCUACCUGCAUCACACACCGUUCCAGCCCUCUCUCCACUUGCAUCCAACCAGCGCCCGUCCUCUCGCCCGGGCUCUCGUCGCCACCAAACCAUCCAACAUGCCCCCAAGUCUUCAACUUCAAGUAUCGACCCCGGCGCACAAUACUAUCAAGAUCCCGACGCCCGUCUCAAGUUACGAGUCUACCUCGCCUCGCCGCAAAAAUUCGACGAGGCCAUUGAGUUUGGUUUUCCCUCCUUGGAACAGGACAAGGAAAACGUCGCACCAGAGCACAUCCCCAGUUCCCCAAAGUCACCCACGGUGGCUAGCGAUUGGGCAGGAACCUUCUUCGAGGAUGACGAUGGGACGAUGGUCGGGACUCCUGGCGGGUCAAUUGAAGAGCCAUCGACCCCUCGUGUUGUUUCCCCCAUCCCAAGGAGACUCCACGACCGUCAAUGGACCCUCCCUCCAUACUCCAGCGUCGUCAAUCUUUCCUUCCAGGCUCAAAGACAGGUCCUCAUCGGCUACCAGGAAAUCGGGAGAUGA